UUUGCUCCCUAUUUUGGCAUUUCGCGCGCGCGUGACGAACUGUCAACGAUACGUUAAAAAGUGUAAUACACCCUGUAUAUAAAUUAUGACUAAGUACGGAAUAAAAUAUUUAAUUUUAGUGAGUGUUUCAUAAACUUUGAAGUUUGUUUCUAAAUAGUUUUAACUUAAUAAUGUUGUAUAUAAGAGUUGCUUUAAAUUUAAAAACUUUGUAAAUAGUAAAGUGUAUAAUGUAAGUGAUUUAUUUCUAUAUGGAUUUAAAAACUAGCGAACACAUAAACGUGGUGAUAUAAACGAAAAUUUCAUUCUAAAUGUAACUGAAGAUUUUGUGAAGUGUUGGAAUAUUCGUGCCGUACAGAAAAUGUAAAAUGGAGUAUAUUCUACGAGCGAGUCCUGCUCGCCUGCUGUCCCUGUGGACUCUGCUGCUCGGAUGCUGUAAUAUUGCAGGUCUCCGGCCGACGCCGAGUGUCAUGGCGGAGUCUCUAGACAUAGUGAAAGUGUCAGCGGUGGCGGGCGGCGACGCGACACUACCGUGUGACACUCGCUCGACACAGGCCUCAGAUGUGUUGUUGCUUGUCGUCUGGUAUAAGAACGAUGUGCCGUUGUAUAGUUACGAUGGCCGUAUAAAGGGGCCGACGGCUCACUGGGCGGACGACGUGUUGGGCGGUCGGGCGCGGUGGCACGCAGCCACACCGUCAUCGCUGAGGAUACGUGACGUCAUACCCACUGACCGAGCCAUGUACCGCUGCAGGGUCGACUUCAAAAUAUCGCCGACAAGAAACCAUAAGAUCCUUUUGGAAGUUAUCGAACUACCAGAAAAACCGAAGAUAUUCGAUGAAUUCGAUAAAGAAGUGGUCGGCGUGGCCGGCCCGUACAUAGAAGAUACUAGCUUGAAGCUCACCUGCGUUGUCAGUGGAGGUAAACCAAUGCCUCGUAUUCGGUGGUGGCGUGAUGACAAGGUGAUAGCCACCCUGGCUCCUGUGGAUGAUGAGUCCCGCCUCAGUCUGCUGGAGUUGAGGAUACCGAAGCUGUCCAGAGACUACUUCGAGGCUGUGUACACUUGCACUGCUGAUAAUACAGUGCUAGUACCGCCCUUAAGAGUCAACGUGCAGAUACAGCUGUAUUUGCGACCUCUAUUUGUGGAGAUCCUGGCUCGGGAACAACCACUUUCCGUGGGCCAGGCAGCAGAGCUGGCCUGCAAGGCCGUUGGAGCUCGACCACCUGCCAUCAUCACCUGGUGGAUGGAUGAUAGGCAGAUGUCGGUAGCGGCGAUACAGAAGAAUUCUGACGACAAAAACGAGACGAUAUCGUUUCUCCGGUGGACUCCUCGCAUGGAUCAAGAUGGCCGAACACUGACGUGCCGAGCGGCCCAUGUCAAGUUGGAGCACACGACUAUAGAGACGAGUAUCACACUCAAUUUACAUUAUGUCCCAAUAGUGACAUUGGAACUUGGUUCUAAAAUGAACCCUAACGACAUCGAGGAAGGAGAUGACGUGUACUUCGAGUGCAUGGUGCGGUCUAACCCACCGGCUUAUAAAGUUGUGUGGGAACAUAAUGGUCAGAUAAUGACACAUAACCAACGAGCUGGAGUGAUUGCUGGCUCAGCCAACUUAGCUCUGCAAGGAGUAAAUAGAAGUCAGGCAGGGAACUACGCCUGCACAGCAUCCAAUGUGGAAGGAGAUGGGAAGUCUCAACCUGUCAAACUACAAGUUAUUUAUAAGCCGGUGUGUCUAGCAACGUCAACAGCCAUAGUGGGUGCCGCGAUCAAUGAACCGACCAAAGUAACGUGCGAAGUGGACGCCUUCCCUCCUCCCAAGAACUUCCAGUGGACCCUCAAUAAUUCCAUGGGAACUUCGGAAAUUGAACCUGAAAAAUACAUCUUAAAUGGAGUUGGAAGAUCAGUUCUCUUCUACACGCCAUCAUCAGAGAAGGAUUACGGGUCCUUGGCCUGCAGAGCUACCAAUCUUGCAGGUCAGCAGGUGGAACCAUGUCGAUACUCCUUGCUGCCAGCAGUUAGACCUGAUCCAUUAGCCAACUGUUCUGCUGUGAACCUCACUGAUGAUUCAGCAGAAAUUAGAUGUGUUGCUGGUUAUGAUGGUGGUCUUCAAACAUCGUAUUUUGUGGAAGUAUGGGAAUCAAAGAAUUUAGUAGCAAAUGUUUCGACCGCACAACCAGCGUGGAUACUUCGAGGUCUCGGAUCAGGGAAGAGCUUAAGACUCGUGUUCUUCGCUGCCAACGCCAGGGGAAGGUCAGAGACUGUCAUGAUGAGGAUCAACACCCUGGCGAGACUUGCUUUACAUACUGAAGCUAAAUCUGGAAAAGCAGUUGGUGUUGACGCUAGUUGGGCAUUGGGAGUAAUCGCCGGCAUUGCUGGUACUCUUGUGGUGAUUGUAGUGAUUGCUCUUCUGGCUAGGAGAAGACAGCAUCAACCCAUGCAGUAUGAAGCUCCUAUGCAGACGGUGAAGGCGUACAAAGGCGCGAUACAAAGCACCAACCAUUCUCCGGUUCAGCCUGACGAUAAAAAUCCUGAUGUAGUGCCUCUGGGUAAAGGUAAUAUAGAUUUCAACAGUGCGCGGGACUUAGAGCGGCCCCCUGAGCCCCCGCCUUAUGGGACAGUGAUGUCUCCUCCCGUGGGGUCUUCACGUAGUUCUAACAGUUUGCAUCAUCACGACAUGCGGCCUGUCACUCCGCACACACCGAUCACACCUGCGUCUGAUGCCCAUAGCAUCGGGACACUGGCAGAAGAUCGUCGUAGUGUGACAAGCGGGACGUUCUCCAGACGGAGAGAAGUCGUCACAACUAGAACGCCUUUGCUAGCAAACGCGAGAGAAAGUUGUGUCUAGGCUGAAUUAUAGGAAAUAAGUCCUUUGAGUCAAAGGGAUCAUGUUGCACGUUUAUUUUCUAGAAUAUUUUUUUACUAUCUAGAGAUAGGUCUGUGAUACGUCUUAAUGUUGUUUUAGAAUAUCAUUUUAAGUUUAAUUUCUUACCUGCUUUCGUUAUCAAUUGAUGUAUUUUUGUAGAUAUGGAAUCGUUUCCAGUUUAUCUAACGCAAAAUGUUAGAAAAAUAUUCGAAUUGAAGUUUCUAUAUUGAAUUUUAUUAUUCUAAUUCGCGUGGUUGUAUUACAACUUAUUUUGGUACUGUUUUAGUAAAAUAUACGGUUUUAUCGUUUCGACAUAAUAAUAUUCCUCGGAUGUGAACGAUUGAUAUUUUUGUACAUACAUCGAAAAAAAUUGUGAAAGACUGUUCGAACUUGCUCCCUUUGACACAAAAAAAAACAUGUAAAUUAAACAAAAUGUUCGUUUUAUAGUCAAUAUUCACUUUC